CUUCAAUCAUCCUCAACCUCGAAGGAGCUAUUUGGCUUAGGGAAUCAUUAUUAUCCAUUGGAAUUGGAAAGAGGUCUUUUACUCAUUUGGAGAAUUCCAGGUCUUUUAAAUUGUCUUAUGAACAUAAUUUCUGUGGAGGCUUUGUUCGAAUUAUUGAACCUGGGAAUUCUUUUACUUCACUUUGCAUUCCAGAAGGCUGGAGAAGGUCGGGUUUUUCAUUCUUUGAGUCUGAAAUCUCUCAUGCAAUUAGGGUCUUGAAAGAAGUAAAUCCUAAAUUGCUAAUGAAUUGUCAAAGUGAACCCGGAAUUCAAAGCAAAUCCGACAAAAGCGGGUCUAUCAAUUUAGACGAGCUACAAUUGGACAAAACGGAGUGUAUUUGUUCAGAUAUCUCUAUCUCUGAUUUGUUAUUCCAAUCGGAUAUUGUUAACUUACCUGCUUGGGAGUUUCCAAGUCAAACAGAAAAGGCAUCAACACUUUCAGCUAUGGAUAUUCAUUUCCAACACAUGCAGUCCUUUAUGCUACAGAUUGAUUCAGAGAUUCAGAAAUUAAAUGAUAAAUGGGAGCAGCAACAACAUCGGGAUCUGCCUAAGCUUUUGCAGGAGGUUUCCAUGGAUGUGUUUGACAAGGUUUCUAAACAAAAAAUGAUUUUAUCGAGUUCUUCUUCCCCUGAUUUUCUUCUUUUGCAGGAAUUCUUUGUUGAGACACUCGAGGAAGGAAUGGUUAAAAGGGCCAUUUCAAAAGUUGGGGAAGACACUUUAGAUGAUUUUUUGCACGCUCUUGAUAGCGAUGGGGUAGGUUUAUAUUUCCUCUUUGAUGCUGCAUCAGACUAUCUAGAAGAAAAAUACUCAGAUCGCUCUACUACAGACAGAUUCCUUUACUCAAUUCUAAAGAAAGUGACUCCAGGUACAACCGGCCUUACACGGAAAAACUUUAAACAUCUUAUGCGUAACUCGGGACCACAUCAAAUUCUAAAAUACAAGCUACUCAAAGAUUACCCUACCUACAAGGAAUCUCCUAUUUACAAGGAUGCACUGAUUGAACCUCAACCCGAGGAAGAUGAUGGUUUCACCUCUGUUGUCUCCAGAAGAGACAAAAAGCGUAAUGUCCCCUCGGUUAGGACCGUUCAAUCUCGACAACAAUUUAUAUGAGCUUAGGAUGCUUUUGGGAGUUUCUCAGGGAUUUUAUGACAGGGAAGUGGGCUGAUCUUCC